AUGUCAUUUAUGCGCGCUACCUGCCGAAUACACGGCCGGCAUCUCAUCCUGAGAUGCCAGCAGCACCCGCUGCCCACGCCGCUGCGGAGCUUGCGCUGCUUCCACAUCUGCGCCGCGCAGCAACACGAAUCAUCAUCACCACCCACCACAGCCAAUGGCUCAUCGACGGAGCCUCAGCGAGGGCUCCGAGGGCUAGGACUGCUCAAAGGAUCCAGGGGUAACAAGACGCCAAGUUCAAGAGGGGAAAGGGCGGCGGCGACGCGGUACAUACUAGGGCAGAGCGCCGACCAGCCCAUUCGCGCGCGCUUUGCGCCGUCGCCGACGGGAUACCUGCACCUGGGCUCGUUGCGGACGGCGCUGUUCAACAACCUCGCGGCACGGGCGAGUAAAGACGGCGGCGCGUUUAUCCUACGAAUUGAGGAUACAGACCAGAGUCGCCUGGUCCACGACGCCGAAGCACGUCUGCUCGAGGAUCUAGCCUGGGCCGGUCUCUCCUGGGACGAAGGCCCCGACUGCGGCGGCCCCUACGGCCCCUACCGCCAGUCCGAGCGUCUCUCCAUCUACAAGGAGCACGUCCAGACGCUCAUCGACAAGGGCCACGCGUACCGCUGCUUCUGCACGCCCGCUCAGCUCGACGCGCAGAAGCAGGCCCUCCACGAAGCCGGUCAGCCGACGUUCUACCCGGGCACCUGCCGCGCCGUCGACGAUGCCGAGUCGGCGGCACGCGCUGCCGCCGGGGACGCGCACGUGGUGCGCUUCAAGGGCAAUGCCUUUGGGCGGCCGAAGCUGCGCGAUGCCAUUUACGGCAACUUUCAGAAAAAGGAGGAUGAGGAGGAUUUCAUCAUACUAAAGUCUGAUGGGUUCCCGACGUAUCAUUUCGCGUGCGUGGUGGACGACCACCUCAUGAAUAUUACCCACGUCAUUCGAGGAGAGGAAUGGCUCAUUUCCGCACCCAAGCACGUCGCGCUCUACCAGGCCUUUGGCUGGACGCCGCCCAUCUUUGCGCACCUUGGCCUGCUCGUCAACCCAGACGGCACCAAGCUCAGCAAGCGCAACGCCGACGUCAACCUCUCGCAGUACAAGACCGGUCGCAUCUUCCCCGCCGCGCUGCUCUCCUGGCUCGCCAACCUCGGCUCGUCCUUCAAGUCCAACGUCAAGCCGCCGCGUUCCGUCGACGACAUUGCCGAAGCGUUGACGUUCAAAUUCACACGCGGUGGCAUCAAGCUCAACGUCGAGAAGCUCGACCACUUCAACGCCAAGUACCGGGACCUUCUCCUUCGCCAGCCCCUCGCCUCUCUUCCGCCCCACGAAGUCGCCCUCCUACGCACGCAUCUCUUCACGCCCACCCUCGCCGCUGUCCAAUCCGCCACGCGCACCGGCAUACCCGCGUGGCCGCAUGCCUCCGCACCGCUUCAGCUCGUCCCGCAGCUUGCCGCUGCCGACGACGCCAGCGCCGCGUACCUCCACGCCGUGCUGGCCAGCCGCGACGGGGGCUUCCGCGCCGCGGGCGACGUCGUCGAGCAGCACCCCUACCUCUUCUGGCGGCCGCCCCAGAACGUGUACCGGGCGUCGGUGGCCACCACGCCGCCCGACGGGCGUGUCCUGGCCGCGCUGGAGCAGGUGCUCGAGCGGGACGACGUCGUCUGGACAGACGGCCAGCAAGUGAUGGACACGCUGCGCGAGGUUCUGGAUCCGCAGGGCGUCGAGACGCUUACGGUGCACAAUGUGCUGCGUCUGGUGGGCGCGGGCGGGCAGGACGUCGUUUCGCAGAGCAGCGGACGCAUGUUUGCGACGCUGGGCCGCGACGAGUGGCAGCAUCGGCUGCGAUGCGUACAGGAACUGCUGUAA